ACGCGUUCUUCUCCACAUACAUGCGCAGAACUCCCACAACGCCCACCCAUCCCCUCCCUCCUUCCCAGCUCUGGAUCCAGAUGGAAUCGAGGCCACAACCGAGCGUCUCCUCAUGGCCUCUUCACGAGCUCCCACUGCCGCCUGGAGCUCAAGCUGCCAGCCGUCCAAGGCCUCGCCAGGAACGGAUCCGCGACACCGUGCCUCGUCCUCGCACAUGCCCGGCCGCGCCAUCGGAGCCCCCCGCAGAGGCAGUGCUCCGCCACCCGAUGCUGUUCUUCGCGUCGCCCCACGCUCCCAAAGCUGGGAACCGGCUCCCCGCCUCCAAGUUCUCGGCAUCGACGUCCCGUGCUGCCUGCACCCUCGCCAAGCCCGACUCGCAGCCGUGGAGCCCGAGCUCGCCAAGGCGCUUCAACUCCGCCGCCGCGCCAUCUUCUUCAGGCGCUCGAGCACGAGCACAAGCUCGCCCGCGCCCCACCUCUCUCUGCCGCUCCGUCCGCCGCCCGUGGUGCCGUGACCCGCCACUGUCGUGCCCUGCAUCGCUCUGUAGCCGCGCCGCCUGGGUCGAUGUGGUCAGCGCUCCCAAGCCGUUGACCCUGCGCCAGGGGACGACUAUUUCCUCCCAUGCGUGUGCGCCCGUGCUCCAGCCCUCCCCUCCCCAUGCUGCCGGCACACUCGCGCCACGGGGCCGUAUCCAGCCUGUGCCUGGACGACGGAAGCCCCCCCACUGUCUGUGCGCUCCGGCCAGCUCCCUGUCGCGCUCGAGACCUCCUCUAGUCUUCCCGCCGAGGCCUUCCCUGUGA